UCCUAAAAUGGCGGCUACCGCUGACGUGCCGGUCCGAGUUUGCAACCAGGAGAUUGUCAAAUUUGACCUCGAGAUUAAAGCAGCAGUGCAGGAUAUCCGGGACUGCAUGGGUCCUAUAAGUACACUUACAGAACUGAAUGCCAAGGUAAAGGAAAAAUUUCAGCAGUUGCGGCUUAGAAUACAGGAGCUUGAGCAGAUGGCUAAGGAACAAGAUAAAGAAUCAGAAAAGCAAGCUUUGAUCCUAGAAGUAGAGAACCAUAAAAAGCAAAUGCUCAGCAAUCAGGCAGCAUGGAGGAAGGCGAAUCUGGCUUGCAAAAUUGCCAUUGACAAUGCUGAGAAAGAUGAAUUAUUGCGAGGAGGAGACCCUCUAAGAAAAAGAAAAACUACCAAGGAAAGCUUGGCUGAAGGGGCCAGUAACAUCACUGAGAGCUUAAUGGGUAUUAGCAGGAUGAUGUCUCAGCAGGUCCAGCAAAGUGAGGAGGCUAUGCAGACCCUAGUCAAUUCUUCACGAACCAUUCUGGAUGCAAAUGAAGAGUUUAAAUCCAUGUCUGGAACAAUACAGUUGGGACGAAAACUCAUUACAAAGUACAAUCGCAGGGAAUUGACUGAUAAACUGCUCAUCUUCCUUGCCCUUGCUUUGUUUUUGGCCACAGUGCUUUACAUCCUGAAGAAAAGACUGUUUCCCUUUUUGUAAAAUUCCCAAGGGAGGGUGGAAUCAUGAAUAUGAGGCGAACAAAAUGGGAGAAUUUAUGAUAGGGAUCUGAUGCUAUUCUGACAGAAGAAAGGCCCAAAGAGACAGGACUUUGUAAAGUAUAAACAAAAGGUAAGCUUGCUUACUUAAUGAGCUACAGGUACAGGAAGAAGAAAGAGAAGGGGUCCAGCAGAGGAAAAGUGUUGGCCAGAUGCUCUUAAAAGUGGCAGGCAUUGGUUUUGAACUGGCUGGUGGACAGCAUAGAUCUGGGCAUGGAUCAUAUGUUGCACUUCCUUCCUCUGUUGAGAAGAUAUGCUGAUCUAAAUCAAGCAAGGCAUGAGAGGAAUGGGAAGAGACUGGAAUAAAUGCAUUUAGACAGAUUCCUCCACUAACCUCUGCUUGGAUCCAGAUAGAGCAGGGAGUCUUAUGCUAAGUAAAAUAAAUAAAUAAUAAAAUGGAUUAAAUGGAGGGAAGCAUACUGGACAUCAUCUUAGUGUUGUUUCCUUUAUAUUGCCUUCUGAAUUCUACUUCUGUUAAUUCCAGAAGUGAAAGAGCAGUGUGAUGAGCUGCAAAAUCCAUAUAUCUAUAACCAGUAUUGGUAGGAAUAUGUUCUUGUCCUAAAAAAAAUUGAAAACUCAAUUUGGGAAGUUUCUUUUGCUUCAUUCUGAUAUUUGUUUCGGUGGCCUAAUGCUGAUCUCUUGAGUAUGAACGUAAAUUCCUGAGAAUGCUAUUGAAACUUUCUCAUUCCUUUUCCAUUGCCCUUCUAAUUUAAGAUGUAUAGGAUGAGGGUACAAAGCAGUUAGUGGCAUGCACCAUCCCCUCGCAUGGGUGCAACUCUUCAUUGGUAUACAGCUAAAUGCAUAGGAGGGGAUCUAUGUGACAGCUCUAGAGCCCCUGUUCUCCCUCCUCCUUACCCAUUGACUCUUGGCAGGUUAUGCAUUGUGUUAGGCCUGUGGCAACAUUCAAGGCUGUUACCAUGCAUGCAGUCUGGCUGUUGUCACUUGGAGGAGAGAUGGCCUGCCCUAGAGAGGUCUGGAAAGACCAGGGCCCCUGGAUCCUUCUAUGAGAAGCAAGGAUAGUCCUCUAGUUACAGGUAGUGACCAAGCAUAUUGCCACACACUCAGCAUAAUGGACACCUGCUUGAGGAAUAGAAGUGGGGAAAGGUCUCUGGGUAUUUUAUUCCACACAUACAGCUCUGCAUUGGCAAUGAGGAGCUCCAGUGGAAGAUGGUGGAAAAUACUGCAAAUGGUUUGGUAAUGUGAAAGAACUGAGAUAUGAAGGAACUCCUCUGUUAUCAAACAAUGUAUAAUUUUUAUUCCAGAACACUUGAAAUAAUAUUAAGGAACUUUCCCAGCACAUUCCCUUCAAAUAACAAAGCUUCCCCCCUCUUUAUUGAAGCAUUUCUUUGAGAUUUUUCUAAGACCAAAGCACAAGUGAGAUCUCCAUUUUCUAUACUAUUGUUUG